AUGCCACAGAUAUCUCUUUACGAUACCACGGUUCCGGUCUUGGUACGAGCAUUGGAGCAGCUCCAGAAGAUCUUGAGAAAGGGGGAACAAUGGGUUAAAGAGCAGGGUAAACCGGACAGCACACUCUUGGAGGCGCGUAUUGCUGAGGAUAUGCACCCUUUGACCUUCCAAGUCCAAAGUGCGACCAACACAGUGAAGGACUUUCUCACACAUGUCGGUGCGGCCGAUGACACGAACUUGGGCGAUAACGAGAAGACAUUCAGACAACUGUAUGAUCGCAUCGACAAAACAAUCCAUCUCCUGCGAGCAGCCAAGAAAAGCAACUUUGUAUCUGCAGACACACAGUUCACGGCGCAGACGUGGCCAUACCUCGACUUCACGGCUGCUGGAUACGUCCAGACCUAUACCUUGCCUAACUUCUUCUUCCACCAUACUACAGCGUACGAUGUCCUGAGGGCUAAGGGAGUGCCGGUUGGCAAGAAUGACUUCAUUGGCACGCAGGAUGUCGUGAAGUGGAAGUUGUAG